AUGGAUGACGCGCCACUACCUUCUCGCCCUCAUAGGACGCCUCUGUACGAAGUGGCAAAACUGCAACCAUAUGAACCCCUUGAUAAUGAAAAGGCAUGCCCUGCUCUCAAGGAAGAACAACAGGUCGAAGGGGAUUUUAAUUUUUCCAAUCCCAAUCGUGCGUGGAGAUCUCAACCUCAUUUUCUAGCCCGUUUUCUUCACACACUGGCACCUACACCUCGAUCUGAUACGGCCUCACCUUUGGGCAGCCGAGUGGUGUUAGGUGAUUUUGGAUGGGCAAAUUUUGAGAUAGAGCACAUCCCAAUGCCUAAUGGUUAUCAUGAAUGGGCUGCCAGGGUUUUAACUAAUCAUUCAUCUCAUUUCAAGGGAAGCGAACCGGGCAAGGAUUAUAUUUAUGGGGCGAUCUUCUGUUCCUUAGGAAAAUACCCUAUAUCCCCCUCCGUGGUAAGAGCCCUACUGGAGAGGUGGGAUUCGAUUGCGAACACCUUCGUAUUUCCUCAUGGAGAGCGUACAAUCACCCUCUUAGAUAUGAAGAACAGGGCCGGUUUACCACUGGAUGGGGAACCUUAUGACGAAUUCAUUCCAUCUCGUGCUCACAUGGAGCCAGCUAUGCUGUUGUAUCCAAAGACUUUACUGCCUCUCUACAGGGCAUGGCGCAAACUUGAGGACGGAGGAAAAGUUACUUUCCAAAAGUGGUGCGAUUACUUUCAUUGCACCCCAGGAAAUCUUUCGGGUUUUGAUAGCAGUGAGUUCUCCAAUAUCUAUACUGCUGCAUUCCUAACACUCUGGAUAUGUUGCUUCGCGAUUGUUGGAGGGGGGCCAUAUAUUCGACCAGGUGUACUAGUGACAGCCUCAUGGAUGACUCUGGGCCGCCAAUUUGCUUUGGCACAACCUGCUUUGUGUUCUUUAUAUUACUCUUUAAGGCUUAUUAGCACCAAGCCUAUUAAUCCUGCAUCUUUGAGGAAGCUUUGGCCUGGCCACUAUCUGAUUGGCUGGAUAGGGGAUCACAUACCGGCGGUAUUUGCAUAUGCUCACUGGCGACAUCUUCUACGCCCGAUAUAUGAGGACUCGCAUCUCAUACCAGAUGAGUAUCGUGUAGGACGUGCUUCACUGGCUUGGGUUAGAUGGUUCAGUGCUUUCAUAGAACCAUUUAACUCCAUUUUACACAGCUUGGGCCAAGAUAACCUCUAUGACCCUAUCAGUUUCGGGGCUAGACAAUGUGAUUAUCAUAUACACCCAGGUCUUGCUCCUCGAAAUCUAUCCUCUCGUGACUUGACUGUGGUGCAGAGGGAGCGGGAUCACUUUGAAACAAACCCUGUUGCCGGUCCUUCAUCCCAACCUGUGUUACUUGACAACCUGUUGGCAAAAGAGAAUUUGAUAGAUAAUCAAAUUAUUGUGCCAGUUGAGAACAACAAGAAGCGUCACCCACCCUUGAAUAUCCUUUCAAGAGAUAAUGGGGAUCCACCAGCCAAGAGAAGGCUUGAUUUUACUGAUAUGGAUGAGGGUUGUGGCCCAGCCAUUGCACUUGUCCCCAACGUCACUCCCGUUGACGAAGAUCCCAAUCAAGAAGAUGAAGAUUAUACAGUCAUUACAGAUUUCGGUAUAGUGGAUAAGAAAGGCAAUUUACAGCCUCUUCCUUCUAUUGAAAGCUACAUUACUACCACGGGGUCAGGUGGGGAUUUUUCAAAGUCCCCGUAUAAUAUGACUCGUGUUGUUCUUCCUGACAUUGACUCAACUGAAAUUUCAGCUUUUAUCAAUGAUUGUGGACAGCAGCUUGACCAUCCAUCCUCCGGCCAAGCGUUAUCUAAGGAUACGCAAAGCAUGGACGCGACUGAGAUCGAGAAGAUUUUCUUGGCAACAGCAUAUCAGGUGUCACUAAAGGUUCUCAACGGGCUGGAUGUUACUACAUUGAAAGACCCGGAGCGAUGUGCCGCCCUGCAACUUACUUCGACUAGUCUCCCUGGGAAUUUUGCUAGCAUUUCCAAGAUCAAAGCUAUGCUGGACAAACUGGUUGCUAUUUCCCAACAAUUGCAACUUGCCCACUCUGAAUUUGAAGCAAGCUCUGGGCGAGUAGACCAAGCUGUUGGCCAGGAAAUGAUUUCAGUUGAAGAGAGGAAAGCUGAGCUUUUAGCAGAAGUUGCCAAGUUUAACCUUGCCUUGAAGGAACUGGAGGAGAAGGAGGAAAAGCUAUUGAAGACUCAGUCUGCCCAGGAAUUAGAAGUGAAGGAGCAAGAACAAGCGCUGUGUGAUGCCACUACAAAGGCAAACAAGAGAGCCAAUGAUGACCUCCGGGCAAAGACGAUGGUUCCUAUCCAGGAAGCUGAGAAGCUUUUGACUGAUCUGAACCAAACCCUCUCCCAAGUCAACUGA